UGCCGUUUUUCACUGCUUCCCUUACCAACAUGGCCACCCAGAAGGACGUUCUGGAGGUGUCCAGCUAGAAUGCCUGAUUUUUUUUUUUUUUUUUUUUUCUUUCCAAUCUCCGAGGCACUUUCCCAGGCACCCCCCCCUCAUAUUCUGCCACUGUGGUCUGCAGUGUGACGGUUAAUGAUUUUGAAGAGCACAGAGGCUGUAGUUGAUAUCGGCCGGACUUGGGAAUUCAUACAGGCUCGUGGGAGAGAGACCAAAGAGAUUGUUAUCAGUGUGGUUGUUAACGAGGCCCGUGCCUCAUAGCCACACAGCCUUGAUAUCUAAUUCGGUUUGUUUUCCUGGUGUUCGUUCUCCUGGGGUCCAGUAUGUAGUAAACUAACACAGACCCCAAGAAGAAGGGAUUAUAUUGUAGCGUCAAACUGAACAGGAUUGUGGGGCUCUGUCUGUCUGUCUGUAUGUCUGUCUGCAGCUUUAAUGAAACUAAACUCUUUUCAGAAUGUAGUAAACUAACACAGACCCCAAGAAGAAGGGAUUAUAUUGUAGCGUCAAACUGAACAGGAUUGUGGGGCUCUGUCUGUCUGUCUGUCUGUCUGUCUGUCUGCAGCUUUAAUGAAACUAAACUCUUUUCAGAAUGUAGUAAACUAACACAGACCCCAAGAAGAAGGGAUUAUAUUGUAGCGUCAAACUGAACAGGAUUGUGGGGCUCUGUCUGUCUGUCUGUAUGUCUGUCUGCAGCUUUAAUGAAACUAAACUCUUUUCAGAAUGUAGUAAACUAACACAGACCCCAAGAAGAAGGGAUUAUAUUGUAGCGUCAAACUGAACAGGAUUGUGGGGCUCUGUCUGUCUGUCUGUCUGUCUGUCUGUCUGCAGCUUUAAUGAAACUAAACUCUUUUCAGAAUGUAGUAAACUAACACAGACCCCAAGAAGAAGGGAUUAUAUUGUAGCGUCAAACUGAACAGGAUUGUGGGGCUCUGUCUGUCUGUCUGUAUGUCUGUCUGCAGCUUUAAUGAAACUAAACUCUUUUCAGAAUGUAGUAAACUAACACAGACCCCAAGAAGAAGGGAUUAUAUUGUAGCGUCAAACUGAACAGGAUUGUGGGGCUCUGUCUGUCUGUCUGUCUGUCUGUCUGUCUGCAGCUUUAAUGAAACUAAACUCUUUUCAGAAUGUAGUAAACUAACACAGACCCCAAGAAGAAGGGAUUAUAUUGUAGCGUCAAACUGAACAGGAUUGUGGGGCUCUGUCUGUCUGUCUGUCUGUCUGUCUGUCUGUCUGUCUGCAGCUUUAAUGAAACUAAACUCUUUUCAGAAUGUAGUAAACUAACACAGACCCCGAGAAGAAGGGAUUAUAUUGUAGCGUCAAACUGAACAGGAUUGUGGGGCUCUGUCUGUCUGUCUGUCUGUCUGUCUGUCUGUCUGCAGCUUCAAUGAAACUAAACUCUUUUCAGAAUGUAGUAAACUAACACAGACCCCAAGAAGAAGGGAUUAUAUUGUAGCGUCAAACUGAACAGGAUUGUGGGGCUCUGUCUGUCUGUCUGUCUGUCUGUCUGUCUGUCUGUCUGCAGCUUUAAUGAAACUAAACUCUUUUCAGAAUGUAGUAAACUAACACAGACCCCAAGAAGAAGGGAUUAUAUUGUAGCGUCAAACUGAACAGGAUUGUGGGGCUCUGUCUGUCUGUCUGCCUGUGUGUCUGUCUGUCUGUCUGCAGCUUUAACCCUUUCCUGCAGCCUCAAAUGAUGACAGAUAAGUCUCUCUCUUCCUCAUUCUGUCUCCUCUCUCUCUAUCUCUUCUCUCUCUCUCUCUCUCUCUCUCUCUCUCUCUCUCAGUGGCUCAGGGUCCAGUAUGCGCCUCAGUAUUGAUGAUCUCUCUCUGUAUUGAUUGGGUAUUGAUUCUCUCUCUCUCUCUCUCGUCUCUCUCUCUCGUCUCCCUCUCUCGUCUCCCUCUCUCUCAGUAUUGAUGAUCUCUCUCUGUAUUGAUUGGGUAUUGAUUCUCUCUCUCUCUCUCCCUCUCUCUCUCUCUCGUCUCCCUCUCUCGUCUCCCUCUCUCUCAGUAUUGAUGAUCUCUCUCUGUAUUGAUUGGGUAUUGAUUCUCUCUCUCUCUCUCCCUCUCUCUCUCUCUCUCAGUAUUGAAGAUCUCUCUGUAUUGAUUGAUUGGGUAUUGAUUUUUUUCACUCUCUCUCUCUCUCUCUCUCGUCUCCCUUUCUCGUCUCCCUCUCUCUAUGUAUUGAUGAUCACUCUCUGUAUUGACUGGGUAUUGAUUUUCUCUCUCCCUCCCUCUCAGUAUUGAUGAUCUCUCUCUCGUCUCCCUCUCUCGUCUCCCUCUCUCUCAGUAUUGAUGAUCACUCUCUGUAUUGAUUGGGUAUUGAUUUUCUCUCUCCCUCCCUCUCUCUCAGUAUUGAUGAUCACUCUCUGUAUUGACUGGGUAUUGAUUUUCUCUCUCUCUCUCUCUCUCUCUCUCGUCUCCCUCCCUCUCUCCCUCUCUCUCAGUAUUGAUGAUCACUCUCUGUAUUAACUGGGUAUUGAUUUUCUCUCUCUCUCUCUCUCUCUCUCUCUCUCUCUCUAGCUAUCACAAGUCGCGUGUACCCUUACCCGCAGAGCGACGAGGAGAGGCACGAAAUCCUGCAAGGACUUGAAACCAGGAUUCAGGAAACCAAAUCCGUCCUGUGUGAGACAGAGGAUUUCCUGCGGCAGGUCUUGCUCAAGGCUGUCCAGUCUCUGCCUGGCUGGUCGGUCCAGGUACAGAAGAGCAAAGCCAUCUACCUGGUCCUGAACAUGUGCAGCGUGAGCGUGACGGACAAGUGCCUCAUCGCGGAGGUGUGGUGUGCAGUGAGGGAGCUGCCCAGACUGACGCAGGCCCUGCGGGAGGGGUCG